UACCGGCGACGCGCUCUGCCUGUCGCUCCUGCACCGUCCAGCAGCCACCGACUCUGGAGGAGAACCGGUGCGGGCGAAAGGGGGAACUCCAGCCGGUCUGUUCCCACCACUUGCCCGCAUGACGACGACGACGAUGGUGUUGAUGAAGCGGAAAGGAGUCGAGCAGGGCGGACAAACUGUGCGCCAUGAAUGACAGGUACCACAAGGCGGCCCGGGACGGAUACCUGGACCUGCUGAAGGAGGCGACGCGGAAGGAUCUCAACGCGCCGGAUGAGGAUGGCAUGACACCGACGCUGUGGGCUGCCUUCCACGGCAACCUGGAGGCCCUGCGGCUCAUCGUGGCGAGGGGAGGAAACCCCGACAAGUGUGACAUGUGGGGGAACACGCCGCUCCACCUGGCAGCUGCCAACGGUCACCACAACUGCCUUUUCUUCCUGGUGUCUUUCGGUGCCAACAUAUGGUGCCUGGACAACGACUACCACACGCCGUUGGACAUGGCCGCCACGAAGAAUCACAUGGAUUGCGUCCGCUACCUGGAUUCCAUCGCGGCCAAACAGACGGGCCUCAACCCCAAGCUGGUCGGCAAGCUGAAGGAUCGGGCGUUUCGUGAUGCCGAGCGGCGGAUCAAAGAGUGCAUGAAGAUGCAGAAGAAACACCAGAAACGCAUGGAGCGAAAGUUCCACAGGGAGACCUCUGAGGCGUCUGCAUCUGACGUCAUGAGUUUUUCCAGUUACAACAGCAGCUCUAUUAGCCACAAGCUGCACAACUUCAAUGCUGCUACCGUCAGUGUGCCAUAUUCACAGGCUACUCUCCAUGCCACAAAUCGAGGGAAGACAAAGAUCCAGAAGAAGCUGGAUAAGAGGAAACAAGGAGACGGGACCUUUAAAAUCUAUGAGGAAGGACGAAAGAGUGUGCGCUCCCUCUCUGGACUUCAGCUGGGCAACGAUGUCAUGUUUGUCAAACAGGGGACGUAUGUAAACUCAAAGGACCACGGCCGCCGCAAUGUUCGUGACAUGUUCCCCAGAGACAAUGACGAUGCCAUUUCACGUGCCAUGAGCGAGCCGGAUCUCCACAGGCCCGAUGUGGACUAUUCUGAGAUCAGCACCGACUCGGGACAUGAUUCCCUGUUCAACCGGCCCGGUCUGGGCACCAUGGUCUUUAGGAGGAACUAUGUGAGUGGAGGGCUGUUUGACCUUAGUGGUCGGGAUGAGGCCAGUGCGGACCAGUCGGGCAGCAAUGUGCGAUUACGCAGUCGGCUGCAGCCAUACCCGAGUCUAGAUGAAGACAGCAUCGGCAGCGCACGCAGCCUACAGGAGAGGAACGUUGAGGAGCUGCCCUGGGAUGAAGUGGAGUUAGGACUGGACGACGAUGAUGAGCCUGAGACGAGUCCUCUGGAAGUCUUCCUGGCUGCACAGAGCAUGGGCGAGUUUAACUCCAUCUUCAAGAGGGAGAAGAUUGAUCUUGAAGCACUGCUGCUGUGCUCUGACCGCGACCUCAAGAGUAUCCACAUCCCCUUAGGUCCGAGGAAAAAGAUCUUAGAUGCCUGUAAGAGACGGCUGGAGACCAUAGAGGAGCCGGACUGCAUCGAGGAUACAGAGCUGUGACGUCUGACAUUUUCAUUUGCACAGUGUGGUAAGGAACAACAACAUAUUGUUUUUCUAGUUGUCUCUGUGCUCCAGCACACUGGAUUUAAUAUGAAACUAAAUACGUGAGGGAGUGCCAACAUUCAACCCACCUCAGAUGAAGAGUAUGGGACCUUUCUAUGGAAGAAGAAUCUGCUUUGUUUAGAUGCAAGGAGCUGCACCUUGCUUUUGCAAACCGACAUUUCUUGAUGCACCACCUCAUGGCUGGGCUAUCUGCAUCGUUAUUCUACACAUGCCUGUAAUCGGGGAAAAUAUUGGGUCGGGUUCUGACACAAAAAACCUAAUGCCUGUUGGGUUUGGGGUCAGGCUCGGUCCAUUUUUCUCUCGGGCUUGGUUGGCUUCGAGCAGAAGAGUCACACUCUAGGCUUCACUAGAGUCAGCUGACUUCUUGCUUAUUUUGGUGCCUUUGUUCUGGUUUUUAUUAUGAGCAUGUGUUUAAUUUGGAUUUAGGUAAAAUGGCUAACUUCCAGACAGCCUUCUGAUUUACUCCUGUAGUCAUGAUGCAUUAUAUUAAAUCUGGAGGACAACGUAUAGGACAGCAUGUAAGAAGAAUGACUCUUUACUGUAUGGGUGUGAACAUUCUCAACCACUCUUUUAAGUUAAUAUAUCAGGAUCGUAACCUUGCAGGGAUAAGUUUUAAAUUCAUUUGUCCUGGAUUUGAGACAAUAAAUAAAAAAGAAAUAACCGUCCAAAUAUUAAUGGACCACUUUGGACCGUUUGCCGUUUAGCCACUGAGAAAAUGUGUUGUGUAAAGAAAUCCCCUUCGGUUACAAACAUGGAUUCUCCAGCUGUGUGCUUAUCCAGCCUUAAAGGUCAGUGGACCAUUGUGGAGUGAAUGUCACGGGGAGGACUUAAUGAUUUACCUCCCGUUUUAACCCAGUGGCAACAAAGCAGAAAGGAUACUGUCAAGAUGAAUGCGUCAAGCAAGAAGACACGAGUGAGAUAAAUUCUUAACGGGAUUCUUUGUACAGCGUCGGCCUCGGGAGGAUCACUGAAAGUAUCUCUGUAAGUCGAUUGGUUGGAGGCCUCUGUGCUGCAUGGUUUAACAAACUGAAAGACGAUUAUAGAGUGUAGUGCCGUCAACAAAGAGUUGAUUGUGGGGUCUGUGUCCCCUGAAUGUGUUUGCCCCUGUGGGGUAAAUCCUACCACCUCAUGUGCCUGCAUUGCUUGUGCCUGUGCAUUUGCUUAAAAGUGUAUUUUUGUCAUAAAAAACAACAACAUUCGA